AUGGCGAAAGCCGACGAGGGUCACCUCCCCUCUGUCGAGGCGGUAAAGCCACUGCACAACAGCAUUCCAGAUGAUCUAGCCGCUGGCUUUGACCCGACAUUCCUCAAGUACUAUAACAAAUACAAUGCCGGCCGUCUGGCCACCCACCAAGUGCCCAUUGAGAAGUAUCGAGCAGAUCCAGCCAAGUACACUAUUGUCUAUGGCAGGGACCGAGUUCCCAACGACGGUAUCAAAUGGUCUGACCUGAAAUGCCCUGUUGAUGGGGGAGAAAUCACAGUCCGAGUUUUCGAACGAGUCUCGUCCACUGCAGGCCCGAGGCCAGUAUACGUCAAUUACCACGGUGGUGGCUGGGUUUUUGGUGGACUGGUCACCGACUUUGACCUCUGCAAGCGGAUUGUCCACUCGAUCGACUGUGUCGUUUUCGAUGUCGACUACCGCUUGUCACCAGAGUACCAGUUCCCGAUCCCGGUCAACGACGCGAUUGCAGCUCUCCAUUGGAUUCGAGAUACAAAAGCCGACGAGUAUGGCCUUGACCUUUCUCGUGUCGCCAUCGGCGGUGCGUCAGCCGGUGGCCAGUUGAGCGCUGUCGUCGGUCAUGUUUGUCGCGAUUCUGGCAUUCCACUCGCACUGCAGAUCCUGGCGGUGCCUGUUACAGACCUGCACGUCUUCACUCCCGAAGGACCGAUUCGCGAAGACCAUCCAUAUGCGUCGUACAAGGAGUUGGCAGAUACUCAACCAUUAUCUCUGGAACGAAUGGAAUGGUUUCACAAACAGUUUCUCGGCUCGCCCAGACCCGAGCAUUUGGCAAACGAGUGGAAAGUGUCUCCUAUACUUGCUCCAAACUUCGCAGAUCUUGCCCCGGCUCUGGUUGUGACGGCAGAAAUGGACGUUCUGAGGGAUGAAGGUGAAGCGUACGCGGAAAAAAUGAGACAGGCUGGGUGUGCCGUGGAGCUGGUUAGAUUCAAGGGCGCGCCACACACUUUUAUGCAACUGGACGGUACGUGGUCGAACGGAUUUGGCAUUUGUGUCGAACCGAAUGCUGACAUUGGUGAAAGCGAUCCUCGAAUCUGGCAAGGAGUUCAACAGGACUGCACUGGCGGCUCUCCAGAAAGCGUUUGGGCUUUGAGCAGUCUUUUCAUGGUCGCAUCGGCCAGCGGUGCCCCGCCGAAUAUGCCUGGAUUGGGAGAUAUAUCCAUCCAGUGA